GUCUUUAUAAGAUCUAAUAUGGCGGUUCACAUGUCAAGGUUCGGGUGUUGGUGCCGUAUACAAAGGUUCGGCAUUGCUGCGUGUAGGCAAUACAGCAGCAGCGGCGGUGGAUAUCCUAAUGUCUCUUUGUCCACGGCGUUACCCGGAAUUCCUAAGCCUAUAUUUGCUUCAGUUGAUGGCCAUGAAAAAUACGAGACUAAAAUAACCACUUUAGAGAACGGCCUUAGAGUUGCGUCACAAAACAAAUUUGGCCAGUUCUGCACCGUUGGAAUUUUAGUGAAUUCAGGAUCUCGUCAUGAAACCAAAUAUCCUAGUGGAAUUGCACACUUUUUGGAAAAGCUAGCUUUUUCUUCUACAUCUCAGUAUGGAAGUAAAGAUGAAAUACUUCUAUCACUGGAGAAACAUGGAGGAAUCUGUGACUGUCAAACAUCCAGGGAUACAACAAUGUAUGCAGUUUCAGCUGAAGUCAAAGGUCUGGAUACUGUGGUUAGCCUCUUGGCAGAUGCUGUUCUGCAGCCACGUUUGUUAGAUGAAGAGCUCGAAAUGACUCGAAUGACCGUGAGGUUUGAGUUGGAAGAUUUGAAUAUGAGACCUGAUCCUGAACCGCUACUGACAGAAAUGAUUCAUGCUGCAGCGUACUGGGGGAACACAGUGGGCCUGCCCCGUUUCUGUCCUGUGGAGAGCGUGGAGAAGAUCGACAGGAAGCUGCUGCAUUCCUACCUGCGCAGCUACUACUGCCCGGAGCGAAUGGUGCUAGCCGGGGUGGGGGUGGAGCACGAGCGACUGUUAGAGUGUGCCAGGAAGCACCUGCUGAACGUGAAGCCUGUGUGGGGCAUGAGUACGCCAGGCCAGGUGGACUGCUCCAUGGCCCAGUAUACAGGGGGCAUCGUUAAGAUGGAGAAGGAUAUGUCUGAUGUGAGCUUGGGACCCACACCCAUCCCAGAGCUUACGCACAUCAUGAUCGGCCUGGAGACCUGCUCCUUCCUGGAGGACGACUUCAUCCCUUUUGCUGUCCUCAACAUGAUGAUGGGAGGAGGUGGCUCUUUCUCAGCAGGUGGCCCAGGGAAAGGCAUGUUUACGCGCCUCUAUCUGAACGUGCUCAACAGACACCACUGGAUGUACAACGCAACCUCUUACCAUCACAGCUAUGAGGACAGUGGUCUGCUUUGUAUCCAUGCCAGUGCUGACCCAAGACAGGUGAGGGAAAUGGUGGAGAUUAUCACAAGGGAGUUUAUCCAGAUGGCUAGCACCACGGGAGAGGUGGAGCUGGAAAGAGCGAAGACCCAGUUGAAGUCCAUGCUGAUGAUGAACUUGGAGUCCAGGCCCGUCAUCUUUGAGGAUGUCGGUCGGCAGGUUCUGGCCACAGGCAAAAGGAAGCUUCCCCAUGAGCUAUGCCAGCUCAUCAGCAACGUCACGGCCAGUGACAUCAAGAGAGUGACCACCAAGAUGCUGCGGAGGAAGCCGUCCGUUGCGGCACUUGGUGACCUGACCGAGUUCCCUUCACACGAGCACAUCCAGGCGGCCCUCUCCAGCAAAGACGGUCGCCUGCCACGCAUGUACCGCCUCUUCCGGUAGGAGGGCGUUGCUGACAGCACCAAGGACCCACCCACAGCACGACUUUCACUGGAACUGGUGCAACACGUGCGAGCAGGCACGGAAGUUGUGGUCAGGCCUCCGUCUUGUAGUAUUUCGUAUGGUGAUCUCAGAGCUACGAAUCUUUGCCUGCUGACGGGGGUUGGGAGAGAACUCAACUAGACAAGAUACAAGAUGUAAAUUUUGCCCCCAAAAGACUGGUUCUGACUCAUAUUUUGCUUGGUUUUGUUUUUAGUCCCACGUCAUGUCCCCAAAACGGGCCUCAAAAAAGAAAGGUACUGAUGCAAUAGGUCAGUCUGGGGCUAAGAGUCACAUGGCAAUGUGCAAAAGAAUGUGUGCUUAUUACCAGUCUAUUGCAGUAAGUCAGUCAUUUGAGAUUCUGAUCUGUAUUUAAUUGGUUUGCUUGUUCAUUAUCAGAGCUUUUGCGUGUUAUACUGAUGGAGGCAUUUGUAUGACUGUUUGUUUGAUUUUUGGUCACUUUUACUUUAAAGUCUUUUAAAUACAAAACACUGGUGCAAGCUCUCUAAGAACUUAUAGUGAAGCAAAUUUCCGAUGAGUGUAUUUAGGCAUAUAAACCUUGUAGGGUUUUUGUAAGAAAGAAAAUUAUAUAUGUAAAAUGAUCGGUGCAGGUCCAGAAGAUGUUUCACCAAACCCCUGACAAAAAUGGCUAUUGAAUACUCAGGUACUAGAAAAGGGAACAGAUUACAUUCUGGGAGGUUGACAAUCUAACACAUACUGAUAUUUAAAAUAUUCUGGUCAGACCAUUAAGACCUUUGCCAUAGUUCUUGUUUUUGCCCUGUUGUUGACAGAGGCUUUAUAUUACUACUUUCAGUUGGUUUCUUGUAAAACUAAGCAUAGAUAUUAGUUACCAUAAACUGUAACCAGGAUUAUGUCCCGAUAUCAAUUUCUAAACAUAUUUCUUUAAAUAUGAUGGUCAUUUUAGAUCUGGGACUAUCAGAAUAGCAACUGGAACUGUAGGCUUAAACCUAAUCAUGUUGUCUUCUAAACCUGUGCACAUUUAAAUGCUGUAGAAAGUGCACAACUUGGCUCUAGUGUUGGCAAUAUGCCCAUCAACAUUUUGUACUAAACAUUUUGAUGUUGAGCUGUAUGUCCUGUAGGCAUACAUUUAAGAUACUGUCAAUGCUGUGGCAUUUGUCAGUUUGUUCAUAUCAGUGCUGUGAUGCAUCUCCUCAGUGGCAUAUAGAUGCCUUGCAUACUGGGAAAAAGUCUAAUGAUUCAUUUCACAAUGGUUGUAUAGUGUUUGAGUUUUUAACAUUUUAACAAUCCUGAUCCUGUUAGAAAUUCACAUGUUCUUUCUUUUGACAUGUAUUAAAACACUAAUUGUGAGUCAGAAA